GUCACGUCUCAGCUUGUGGCAAGUGACAGGGAGAGGAGGAAGACGACGGCAAAGUUUGUCAGGCAAGAGUUUAGUUUCUGCACUUUUUGGAGGACUACGACGACAUCAUCGCUGACGUGUGGUUUGACUCUGACAUCUACCCGCCGUCCUUUUAUACCAGGGACAAAAGCAGAAAAACAAAAAACAACUGAAGUUCGUUCGACUUCGACAAACGCGAACACCUCGAGUUAAGGAGAAACUAUGACAGGCAGAGAAGAUGAAUAUGAUUAUCUCUUCAAAGUGGUCCUGAUUGGAGAUUCAGGCGUGGGCAAAAGCAACCUGCUGUCUCGCUUCACUCGCAAUGAGUUCAACCUGGAGAGCAAGAGCACCAUCGGCGUGGAGUUCGCCACACGCAGCAUCCAAGUGGAAGGCAAGACCAUCAAGGCUCAGAUUUGGGACACAGCUGGACAGGAGCGGUACAGAGCUAUCACGUCUGCGUACUAUCGUGGCGCGGUGGGAGCACUCCUUGUUUAUGACAUCGCCAAGCACCUGACAUACGAGAACGCCGAGCGCUGGCUGAAGGAGCUCCAGGAUCACGCUGACAGCAACAUCGUCAUCAUGCUUGUGGGAAACAAAAGUGACCUGCGUCACCUCAGGGCGGUGCCCACAGACGAGGCCAAAGCUUUCGCAGAAAAACACGGCUUGUCUUUCUUGGAGACGUCAGCGUUGGACUCGUCUAAUGUGGAGCUCGCUUUCCAAACUAUCCUAACAGCCAUCUACAACAUCGUGUCGCAGCGGCAGAUGUCAGGACGGAGCGACUCAGACUUCUCGCCUGCCUCCAACGUCGUGCCCAUCACAGUGGAGCCCACCCAGAACACGUCCAGUAAGGGCAUGUGCUGCCAGAAUAACUGACCGCCUGGCGCCGCCGCUGCCGACCUCUUCCUUCAUUGCCGUGUUUGGGCAGAAAGCGAGUUAGACUAAGACAGAGAGGCAGACGUGGCGAGGAGAAGAAGAGGUGGGUACCAAUGACCACUUCACACAAGGACUACUGUAGUUGUUUUAGGGAGGGAGGGAGGGGGUUUAGGUGUUCAGAAUGGAGGAGAGGUCGGGAAACGUGAUAAACAGACGUGCGGCGCACAGGAAGUUUAGCAGUUCCACUCUCGGCUCCAUCAGCAAUUUUUCUUUAAAGCAAGACCGCUCCAUAAUCAAGAGCUGAUUGGCAAAUCUCAUGCUAGUUUUUUUUUGUUUUGUUUUUUUUUUACAAAUCGCAUUCAAAUUUGUCUUCCAUCACCGGAACAUUCCCAAAGACUGAACUGCCACCACUCCCCCAAUAGAUGUUUGACGUCUACAAAGACAUAUUUAUUGAACACUAGACGAUGUUGUUUUCAAAUAAUUCAGCCAUUAAAAUCUACCAGUAAAUGAACAAAUUAGUAGAGGAGCAUUGCAGCGGAUGAAGAUCUUGUGAGGACAUCGACAUAGCUGUCCAUGCGGGGACAUGUCAUCCUAAAUGCUGGGAUUUUAAGACUUUUUUUUUUUAUUCUUCUUGUCUUCUUGGUGAUUUCCUGCUUACAUGAGUCACACCCUUAAAUGAGAAGGGGUGUAGCUGCUUUCUUAUAAUUGGGGAUGGGGCUGCCUCGUGUAGGGUUCAAGCGAUAGUGAGGCCCCACGGUCCAGCCGGACUACUCCCUCUUCUCCUGCUUUCUGUCUAACUGGACCAGGAGACCAGAAUUUUUAAAAAAUGUUUUGCCUUGCAGGAUCCCCCUCGUGCUUGCUCGUCUUUGCUCGGGCGGGCGGGGCUUGGGGGGCCGCUGAGACAGGUUAUUUGUGUUUGUAAGUAAGGGUUUGAUUUAAAAAUGUGUGCACACAAUCAGUUGACAGUUGUGUUGCCUUCACGGGUCUUAAACUGGGUGGUGUAGGUGAGGGCUUUUUGUUGAAAAACACACAAAAAUCAUUUAUUCUAAUAUAUGUGUAUUGGACUGCAUCUGUAUAAAUAAAUCUCAUUUGUAAUAGACCGUUUCUAAUCUAGUCUCCUUGGCACAACAAACAUAUUCAAUGCAUUCACUUAUUGUGAUCACUAAUCAGAGAAAACUGACUUUGUAGCAGUUCAGUUUGAUGAUUUUAUGUCUGCUCCAUUGCACAAAAAUGCACUGACAACUGCUCUUUUGAUAGCUGAGACGAGUGCACAAUUUUUAUUUAACCCUUUCAACUUGCAAAUUAUGAAAUAUUGCAUAUUUUAAACGGGCCGCACGGUGGUCUAGUGGUUAGCAUGUUGGCCAACACAGUAACAGUCUGGGUUCGAUUCUGCCUUGGGCAUUUCUGUGUGGCGUUUGCAUGUUCUCCCCGUGUGUGCGUGGGUUUUCUCCGGGUACUCCGGUUUCCUCCCACAUCCAAAAACAUGCAGGUGAGGUUAAUUGGUGACUCUAAAUUGUCCAUAGGUAUGAAUGUGAGUGUGAAUGGUUGUUUGUCUGUGCCCUGCGAUUGGCUGGCCACCAGUCCAGGGUGUACCCCGCCUGUCGCCCGAAGUCAGCUGGGAUAGGUUCCAGCAUGCCUCAUGGCCCUAAUGAGAAGAAGCGGUAUAGAAAAUAGAUGGAUGGCAUAUUUUAAACCCCCUGACAAAAUGAUUUAGCACAGUCAUGAACAGUGACUUUUUUUUUUGCCUUUCAUCUAAAACAGAAAGUACAUUUGUGCAAAAAUUACAUAUUUAAAUAAUGUAAUCACAUGUAAAUAAUUUAAUUUAUUAUAUAUCCAAUUAUGAUUUUGAAACUUGAGUUCCAGCAGUUCAGUCAGUUUGGUUUUUUUGGGUGUUUAGAAACUCAUCCUAACUGCUCAUUUCAACCAUUUAGAAGUGAAUGACAUUUCUCAAAGCUUAACUGGAUAAGCUUUAUCCAGUAUAAUAUUUUUCUUUCAUUAUUCACACCAUAAUAAAUACGGUACAUUUAAUAAAAUAAAAAGCACCACUCAUCCAUCUGUCAGGGUUCAUUUUCAUUUUGUUGUUUUUAUUAGAAACAUUUACAAUACAUCUCGUAUCUUGGAAAAAUAACAAAGAACCAGAACUAACAUGGAGCAGAUACAAUAAUAAUUAAUAAUAAUAAUAAUAAUAAAAAUGUCUUCCAAAAAUGUAAUUCACCAAAAAAACGUGUGCUAUAAGAAAUAAACCUGCAAUAUCACAUGCCUGGUCGGGCAUGGCACACUGUAACAGAGUUCAAAGAUUUUUUUUUCCAUUUUUUUUCUUUCUUUUUUUUUUUUUUUGUGUUCGCAUCCAUCAAAAGUUGACGGUCAGCCACAGAGCGCCACGCAGGCAACCCUCUUUCACCGUUCACAGGGAAACCAGAAACUAACACCAGGCGUUGACGCUGGCCCGUAAACUAAUGCACUACCACCACUAUUAGACCGGCAUGAAACACACCUACUGUGCUGCAAAUAUUGGAAACGCUACCAAAAGACAAACUGUCAGACCGUAUCGGCCUCUUCGGAGGAAGAUCGCAGGUUUUCGACCGGGGACGGGGCGCCACUUGAGUCCCUUCGCGCAUGCAGCAGGAGAAUGUGACGUUGGCUGUCAAGUUUUCAAACUACUGGAAGUUCAAGUGGAUUUGCUGUGAGGCGAUAGGAGAUGUUUUGACGCGGGGACUGAGGUGGCGUCCUCGUCUGCCGUCAAACUUGUCAACUUUUGACCUCCGAAGAGACUCCCGACUAUGAAAAUCUACAGAGGUGGAGCGACGAAGGGAGAAACCCUUUACGCUGCUCCUCCCACCUAAGUGACCAUACGACAUACAUGCAAACUAGUACAGUAAUGAUCCUGGUGUGUGUGUGUGUGUGUGUGUGUGUGUGUGUGUGUGUGUGUGCGCACGUGCGUAUGUAUGAGUGUGUGUGUGUGAGCAUCUACUUACAUAGAUCUACUACGCUUUCACUUCACCUCACCAGCAAAAAGUGGCUGCGGUGUUGGAUCCAAGUUCAAGCAGGACCACUAACCAACUAAUCAGGCCUUCAUCAAGCUGCUCUGUCGCUGUCAAUCAAAAACUUGAGUAGUAGAUGUCCAAAAUGAAAAGUGUAUGUUGCAGUCCUGGCGUGUUGUGCUAACGUUUGAAUUCCAAGAAGCCAGUUUGUUUCACAGAGGAAAUGUAACGUAACGUGUGUCAGUCAGUACUAUGGGGUUCCUUGAAGGCAUAUAUGUGUGUAUGGGCAAGGGGGGGGCGGGGUUACAGAUGAUAUCAUCGAGGCACAAGAUUGAUGCUCUGCGACUAAAAUAUCUCCAAAUUCUAAAAAAUAGUCUAUUCUGUCGUCCACGUGUGUGAAGUUAACUGUCAUAAAUAAAACUUCUCCAUUUACGUAGAAACUGACUUCCCCCCUCCCCGUUUAGAAAUAUAUUAACUUCUUGUCAUUUUUAAUUAAAAAACAAAACGUCUUUUAAAUAUGUUGCUUCAUUUGUUUCCAUAAAUAACAUCCAGAUACUGACUUUUUUCCUCUGCGUUCUAAGAAAUAAAAACCAAUGUUAGCAAAAUAGAUUACAGAAACUGUAAUAUGUUUUUUUUAAAGUCAUUUUAAGUUACUUUGUAUAAAUGUAUGUGGAAGAACUCAAAUAUAGUCUGAACUUGUCACAAAUUCUUUCCCCUUCCCCCAAAAAACAAAAACUUAAAGCUUGUAAUAAAAAAAAGGAGUGCAUUAAGUCGUGUUUUUUUUUUGUUUUUUUAAAUCUUUGUACAUUCAAAUGCGUUACUUGCUUGACGUGAGAUUUCGUAAAAGUUGGUUACAGUUGCGUAAGUGCAUCCAUUGAGAAUAAGGAUUUCCUAUCACUCCUUCAGAGGGAUCCUACAUAAAUGCAUAAACUUUCAUAUCAAGAAAAAACAUCAACAGUUUCUACUUUUACUAGAACAGAAAGCGUAAUACAAUAUCGGAAUGAAUAAUACUACGAAGAAAUUAACGACUCCAGCGUCGCCACGAGUCAGCGCACCCUUUAGCCCCGAGUAUUUCAUACUGGGCGAGCUGCACAAAUGAAACUUAACACCUACAAGCAUAUUCUUAUUUCGUGUAUCGAUUAAACUACGCUGCAAAUAUACGACUUUUUUUUUUCCCAAACCCACGUUCGCCUUGAGGAGGUGGUAAAGCUUUUUUUAUUGAGUCCUUUAUGCGGAUAAAUCUUAGCUACGAUCUCUUGCUAACAUGCAGGCAAAAACCUUUCAAAGUCGGCGGCGCUCCGAAAAAGAGCGCUACGUCGUCGCCCGCGGCACGCUUCUAGCUGCGGCCGAGGGGCACUGCCCCUCCUUUCAGCUUGUGGGGGGGUGCGGCGCCUUGUCAGCUGCACGCCUCCCAAACUGAAACCUGAUAUGCUUUUGUUUCACAGACUUGCUUUUGCAAAAUAAAUGAACACUGGACUGAAGCUGUGUCUCAAAUCCAAUACUUUCGUCAGUACACUUCCAUCCGGUAUACUGCAUACGCUGUGUACUUAACUUGACAGUGUAUGUCCCAAAUUGAUUACGGUCGGAAAUGACGAUCGCAGUAUUUAACUGUUUCUCCUUCUCUCCUUUUUUAUGGUGAAUUGCAACCACUCGAUCAUUUGGUACGUCUGCUUUUUGCCCACUUGUUGAUUUUUGCAAUAAUAUAAACAAAAUGUAUUCGUUUUUUUAUGACUAUGAUUGAGGAUUGUACUGUAUUUUCCGGACUAUAAGUCGCACUUUUUUCAUAGUUUGGCUGGUCCUGUGGCUGUAUAUCAAAAUAUAUAUUUAUGUAAUUGAACAUGUUUUUAAAUUUUAAUUCAUUCUGACUGAUAUGAACCAGGGAAUGAACAUUACCUUUGACGGCCACAAGGGGCUGCUGUAGGCUUGGAUUCAUUGAUGUGGGAUGUGAUUGGAAGCUCGGUGAACUUGCUUGGCGCUAACUUGCUUGUCGGGCUCACUGGCUUAUUUUAGUUUAGCCUAUUCCACCUGCCAGGUAUGUUCUUUAUGAUAUUGCGAAGCUCAAUAACUGUUCAUGUGUAAAGUUAACAUAGCACACAACUAUUCAGCCUUUUAACUUGUCUUCCCAGAUUUAAUGUAUGAAUUUUGUGAGAUACAUUCUUUAAAAAAUCCGACUUAUAUUCCGAUGCGACUUAUAUGUUGUUGUUUUUUUUCCCUCUUCAGGACCAAUUUUUUGACCAAUGUGACUUACAGUCCAGAAAAUAUGGUACCUGUUUCUUCCUCUUUCCUUUUUGAUUGGUGAACUGCAACCACUUGAAGCAUUUUCACCAACAUUUACAAUGCCCACUUUAUUUAUUUAUUUUUUGCAAUAACUAGAACAGAAUUUAUUACUUUUUUUCGCUUGCGUGUAGAUGUGGUAGUCCCGCACCUUUCGCUACGAAGACAAGAUGGCGACUAUUGAAGGUUGUACCGUCUUUUCUGGACUAUAAGUCCCAGUUUUUUCAUAGUUUUGCUGGUUUUGCGACUUACACUGUAUAUCAAAAUUUAUAUAAUUGAGCACGUUUUUAAAUUUUUAUUUAUACUGACUGACAGCCACAAGAGGGUGCUGUAGGCUUGGAGUCAGUGGAUGAGAUUGGGAGCUUGGUGAAGUUGUACCUGCUUCUUCCUCUCUCCUUUUUUUAAUGGUGAAUUGCAACCACUUGGGGAAACAUUUUGGGGAAACAAUUUGGAACGCCCACUUUUUUCCUUUUUUUUUUUACAAUAGUUAACCCAGAAUUUUUAAUUACUUUUUCUUGCUUGCAUGUAGGUACGGUAGUCCUGCCCCUUCCGCUACAAUUGAGGUUGGUAAGUGUCCAGCACAGCGCACUUACCACCAUGAGUGUUUUGAGUGCACUCAACAGUCACAAAAGCGUGUGAAUUGAAACACAGCAUCAGUCUCCUCCUAAUUUGGUCUUUGGCUACACGCCACUUCUGACCUUUCAGGCGUACUAUGGCCUGAAAACAGGCAGCGCUAAAAAGAAGCGCGCCCUUUGCUUCGUCACCUGUGUGCUCCGCUUAAUAUUCAACAUAACGUCACGCAGAAAAACCCUGAAGAGCACAGCAGCUAUCUUAUAACAUCACGCUCCGUACACAAAGAGCUGUGGCUUGAUAUGAAACGCUAAUAUGCUAAUAAUCAAAGUCUGGAUAGAAUAUUAUUUCAACAACCGACUCGUUUUGUUUAUUGCUUCUUAUCCUAACGUACAUAGAAAGUGAUGUAUUCAUUCGGGGGUUAUUACACAUACAAUUCAUCGGAAUUUGUAUUUUAGAUUGGAUUUAUACAGUAGAGGCUUCAUAAAGGAUAUUAUUAUUACAGUUUAUAGUCUGAGUCUUUUUUUUCAUCUAUAUAUUUGGAUGAAAUACUAAGUUAAUCCCUUUGAAAUAAUAUUUGUUACACGUAUGGAUCUAUCUAAUAUACUAUGAAGAGUCAAAAGAAGGAUGGGUCGUGUAUAAUAAAAGGUUUUACUCUCCCUAAAACUUUUGUCGGAAUGAUGCAAAGCGGAAGCAGUCCUCGCGUAUUUACAAAGCGAGCCCUCCGUUGUUGUGAAACAACGAGAAGGGCAAAUAAAAAUGAUAGGGAAUCCUUAUGUGCAUGUCUCGUCAAAUCCUAGCAAAUAUUUCACCAUCAGUGGUCGGUUUGGUAUGAAUGAAAUGUUUGGUAAAUAAGGUGCUUGAACUCGUUCGUCUUUGUGAUUUCCUCGGUGCCCUCCUCCAAGCCGAGGUUCAUUCACAUUCUUUUACUCGAAAACACAAGUUGUUUCAGGGGGUGGUGCAAUCCAAGGCCAGAAUGUCAGUGUCAUGGCAGAAUAGCAAAAUAUUAAGGCAGAAAACAACAAUAAAAAAUACAAAUAAUUAACUGGACGUGCUGUGCAAUUUCUCCAUAAAAUGAGAACUACGCUUUAUUUUUAUACUCUCCCUUCAUAGAACGUAAGGUACUUUUAUUUUGAAAGAACAGUGCUCUCUUUGCCUCCAAAGAGUGCGUUCACAUUUGUCGUGUUUGGUUCGGUUCAAAGGAACUCUGGUGCAUUUAGGCUAUCAUCCCGACCCCGGUGUAAUAACGAGCCAUGCGGCCUCAUCGCAGUCUUCUAACAAGCGCUACUGCGCAUGCGUUUAUCCCUUUUUGAAGGAAUCUUUCAUGUGAGUACAAUCUUUACACCUAAUAAUGCUACAGUAGUGUAUUUUGUCAUUUACUAUACAUGUUUUGCACAAGGGGUGUCCAAACUUUAUCCAGCGAGGACCACAUAGAAAAAUGAGAGGAUGCAAGGGCCACUUGCAUCGCUCUUUGCUGUUUUUCCCCAUUUUGGGGUUUUUCUUCAUUUUCCAAAUGUUUCAGCUGUCUUCUUAAAUCAUCUUUGUAAAUGUUCUUUCCCAUAAUAUUUUGACUUUAUUCCCAACCCAAUUUUCCAAAAAGUACUACUUUGUUGUGUUUUGUUUUGUUUCUCAUGUUACAACUUUUAGACUUUCUUUUCAUAACUUCUUCCGCAACCUAACUUUCCAAAACUUUUUAUUUUGUUUCUCAUAAUAUUUUAAAAAUAACUUAAAAAAAACAUAAUAAUAACAUUAUAACUUAAAAAAAAAUGUAUUUUUUUCUUUCAUAUUUCAACUUUAUGCUACUAAAAUAAUGUUACUUUUCCUCAUCAUUUUACAAUGUUAUUCUUGACUUUUUCGUGUUAGAUUACAACUUCCUUCUUCUAAUAUUUUGACUUUAUUCUUGUAAAAUGGCUGCUGAUUUUUCCAUUUUUUCUGCUGCUGUUUUUUUUUUUUUUUUUUUAGAAUGUGCUGCAGGCCAAUAAAACAGACAAGGGCUGCAAAUGGCCCUCCUUUUACACUCUAACAUACAUAUCAUGUAUAUGUAAAUAUACAUGUUGUACACUACAACCUAUUAAACGCUGGCCCUUACAAUUGUUUAGGUCAGGGGUGUCCAAAGGACAUUUGCGGCCUGUGGCAGAUUUUUUUUUUUUUUAUCGACCCUAUGCACCUUUUAAAAAAUACAAUUUAAACAAGUAAACUAACAAAAACAACAAGAAAAAUUGGAAAAAAGAGCAGUAAUUUUACAAGAAUAAAGUAGAGAUAUUCGGAUAAGGUCAUAUUGUUAAUGUAAAAAAUUGUAACAUCACGGCAAAAAAACGUACGAGCAUAAUGUCGUAAUACUAUGAGGAAAAAAGUCAUUUUCACAGUAAUUUGCGCAACAAUUUUCGCCAUAUUAGUAACAAACAAAGAAUAAAGUUGCAAUUCUUAGGAAAAAAAGGUUGGAAUAUUGAGGGAAUAAAGUCACAGUAUUUUGAAAAAAAUGUUCAAGAAGUCAGUGGAAAUAUUUGUAAAACUGAAAAACAGCAACAGCAAAAAUGGUCAAACAAGCAGUGGACAAAAAGUACUAAUACACUUUGUGAUCUGUAACGGAAUCUUGAAAUAUAUACAGUAUACAGUAACUUGUUAGCAUAUCUACAUGGGUUGGGUUACAAAAUGUAAAAUAUCAAA